AUGGAUGGGUUCUCACCUCCUUCCCGUCCCAACUCUCUCAAGCCACCCCUGCCCCUGCCCAUCGCUCGACCUAUCCUCCCACCCAUUGUAGGGCAGAAAAUUCCCACCUCCAUACCGGACUUGAUUGACAGGCUGAUUGCUGUGAAUUCAGACGUGAAGAUCCAUUCCCUGUUCCACUAUGAGCAGUCUCACACUUUCGGUUUGCGACUACUUAAUGUGCUCUGCUGCAGUCUGGACUCCUUCCUGCUGCUGGAAAACCAGUACAACAUCUGCUCCAUGCUGCUGCAGAGUCAGAGGGACAACAUCACCGACUCUGACAUUAAUGAAGGGUACAGAUUUUUGAUUGUGAAGAACUUGAAAUGA